CGCCCUCCCUUCCUCCCGUCCUGCAGCCAAUUAGACAGCCCCCUCGGGCGGGAGGCGUGGGGCGCUCCAUAAAGCGGCGCGGAGCUGUCACCCCGCGAGUAGGUUGCGCACCGCCCAGGCCGGAGCAGGCGCCGAAGACUCGGGCGCUUCGGACCCGGGAGCGUGGAGGAGCCAUGGCCACCACCAACGGGGCCGUGGAGAACGGGCAGCCGGACAGGAAGUCACCCGCCCUGCCGCGCCCCGUCCGCAACCUGGAGGUCAAGUUCACCAAGAUAUUCAUCAACAAUGAAUGGAACGAAUCCAAGAGUGGAAAAAAGUUUGCCACAUAUAACCCGUCAACUCUAGAGAAAAUAUGUGAAGUGGAAGAAGGAGAUAAGCUCGACGUAGACAAGGCCGUGGAGGCUGCACAAGCCGCCUUCCAGAGGGGCUCGCCGUGGCGCCGGCUGGAUGCCCUGAGCCGUGGCCGGCUGCUGCACCAACUGGCGGAUCUCGUGGAGAGGGACCGCGCCGUCCUGGCCACCCUGGAAACGAUGGACACAGGGAAGCCAUUCCUUCACGCAUUUUUCAUCGACCUGGAGGGCUGUAUCAAAACCCUUCGAUACUUUGCAGGGUGGGCAGACAAAAUACAGGGCAGGACCAUCCCCACAGAUGACAACGUUGUGUGUUUCACCAGGCACGAGCCCAUAGGUGUGUGUGGGGCCAUCACUCCUUGGAACUUCCCUCUGCUGAUGCUGGUGUGGAAGCUGGCACCCGCUCUCUGCUGUGGGAACACCGUGGUCGUGAAGCCAGCGGAGCAGACUCCCCUCACCGCCCUCUAUCUCAGCUCUUUGAUCAAAGAGGUGGGAUUCCCUCCGGGCGUGGUGAACAUCGUGCCAGGAUUUGGGCCCACGGUGGGAGCAGCAAUUUCUUCUCACCCUCAGAUCAACAAGAUAGCCUUCACUGGGUCCACAGAGGUUGGAAAGCUGGUUAAAGAAGCCGCCUCCCAUAGCAACCUGAAGAGGGUGACACUGGAGCUUGGUGGGAAAAACCCCUGCAUCGUGUGUGCUGAUGCCGACCUGGACUUGGCAGUGGAGUGUGCCCAUCAGGGAGUGUUCUUCAACCAAGGCCAGUGCUGCACGGCCGCCUCCAGGGUGUUCGUGGAGGAGCAGGUCUAUGACGAGUUUGUCAGGCGGAGCGUGGAGUUCGCCAAGAAACGGUCCAUUGGAGACCCCUUCGACGUCAGGACCGAACAGGGGCCCCAGAUUGACCAGAAGCAGUUUAACAAAAUCCUCGAUCUGAUUGAGAGCGGAAAGAAGGAGGGAGCCAAGCUGGAAUAUGGGGGCUCGGCCAUGGAAGACAGGGGGCUCUUCAUCAAACCCACUGUCUUCUCAGAAGUUACCGACACCAUGCGUAUCGCAAAAGAGGAGAUUUUUGGACCGGUGCAGCCAAUACUGAAGUUCAAAAAUAUUGAAGAAGUGAUAAAAAGAGCAAAUAGCCUUGAAUACGGACUAACAGCAGCUGUGUUCACAAAAAACCUCGACAAAGCACUGAAGCUGGCUUCCGCGUUAGAGUCUGGAACUGUCUGGAUCAACUGCUACAAUGCCAUCUACGCACAGGCUCCAUUUGGUGGCUUUAAAAUGUCGGGGAACGGCAGAGAACUAGGUGAAUAUGCGCUGGCUGAAUAUACAGAAGUGAAAACUGUCACCAUCAAACUCGACGACAAGGACCCCUGAAGGAAAGGCAGGCUCCUUCCUCAAACAUCUGACAGCUGAAUGUGGCAGAUCUAACUUGCUGAAGAGAAACCUACAUUCUGACCUUCCUGGGAUACUUUCUUCUGGAGACUUUAAAUCUACUGGAUUUGAAUGAUUUUUAUUUUCCUCUCACACUCCUGUUUUAUUGACCAAAAUGUUGUGUGUGAAAUUGUAGUCCUGCCUGGGGAUGGGACUAGUGGCCAUUUCUGUUUUCCACUUUCCACCAGAUCCCGGGGACAGUGAGGAGGCUCAGGGUGUUGUCAACAGGAAGUGGUAUUUGAAGUAUCGAGCAGUAGCUUAAAAAUGCUUUGUUGACUCUGACUCCAGUAAGAAUUUGGAAAAAAAAAUCCCUGCGUGUUCUGCAAACAGGGCUCUGUACCUGCGGGUUCCUCAGGGUUACCUGCCCACAGAACAAGCCCCUCCUACCAUUCAGUGGGAAGGAAUAGCACUAAGUUUUAAAAACAUUUAAAAACAAGGUUGGGAGUAUCAGAUGUGGGGAGCUUUGGGGAAGCAAGUACCAUGGAAGGGUCCUGAAGGCCUUGGGUGUGAACGGUCUUCAAGGACUGUAUCUUGACAUUGACAAUGGGACUCAGCUUAAAACCAAUACUGCCUUUGGAAUGUGACCAAAUCAACAGCCCAAAGAGCUUAUCUAAUGCUAUGUCAUUGUCUACCUUAACCAAGGCACUUUCUUAGGCAGGAAAUGUCGCUAGUGUCACCAUCGCUGCUAAAGACCCAGUGCUCUGACACUACAACAGUAUAGCAAAUCCUCGGAUCAUUAAGUCCCACAUUUUACAAAUUAGAGCCAUAAUUUGCUUUUCCCAAUUAUGCAUUUCUACCACUUGCCUAUGUAGUUUUCCUUUUCUCCAGUUGGGGUAUCAACACUUUAGAUUAGUAAGACAUACACAACUGAAAAGACUGCUGUUAUAAUACAGCCCUGGUUUUUCAAAGUCCUAUUUUGAUAUUAAUUAGUGAUUGAUUAACAAAUAACAUCUGGACUUCAUGGAGGAACUGGGUCUGCUACUACAGUGGCCUGAGCACAGCAAUAACAGGUUGUGAAUUUUUCUUUUCCUCUUUGUGUAUCCAAAGGAUGUGCAAUUCCAAGUUUUAACUUGGAAAACUGAAAGUGUUCCCAUAUAGCUUUAAAAAAACAAAAUCAAACAAAUUGUUUUAUUCAGAUACUUUUACUAUUACUAACUAGUACUUUUCUAACGGUGCUUAUGUUUGAGAAUUAAGUUAUGUUUGAGAAUUAAAAUGGGGCGGCAGUAAUAAAAUGGAGGUCAGUGUCAAAACCAGUGUAUGUAUAGAGAAAGUCUUAUGUGAAGUGAGGUUAUCAUUCUUGUUGGAAAUAUGCACUAUGCAAUUCACCUUCUCUCAAUCAGUUAACACAUCACUUAGACUAUCAGUAACUUGUUAAAUCAGGAUUUGACUUCAUACACUGAAUUUUCAGGAUUUUAUCUAAAGUAACUAUAAACACUAACCUUGAUAGUAAUACAUUAGAGGGUUCUUAUUCUUUCAUUGUACAAUAAUGCCUUUAAUAUGAAAUGCUACAUUAUUUAUAAUGGGUAUAAUGUAUCUUUUUAUAGUUGUAAGUAAACAGAGGUGAUGUAUUUAACCUUCUGUAAUAUACUGUAUUUAUCUAUAUAGUAUUAGAUUUCACUUCUGUUAAGGUUUACUCCUGUGGUAUGGUUUAAAAUAUCUACUGGCCUGGGA